AUGACUCCAAAAUACCUUUGCGUUCUUACAAUACUUUUUAUUUUUACAACUACGAUCUCGGCAACCCAACCAAAGUUCCCAGCCAUCCUCGUUUUCGGAGACUCGUUGGUGGACACAGGCAACAACAACUUCAUUGACACAACCUUUAAGGCGAAUCACUUUCCAUAUGGCCAACUCUUCCCAGGUCACAUUGCCACAGGGAGGUUCACCGAUGGAAAAAUGGUUCCUGACAUGUUGGCUUCUUCACUUGGUAUCAAAGACACUGUCCCUCCCUUCCUUGACCCAAACCUUACAGAUGACGAUGUCAAGACUGGUGUCGACUUUGCAUCAGCAGGGUCUGGCUACGAUGACCUCACAACGUCGCUGUCUGGUGUGAUUGCCGUGUCUAAGCAAGCGGAGUACUUAAAGGAUUACGUGGAGAGGCUCAAGAGGAUUGUGGGGGAGGGAGAGGCCACUAAGAUAUUGAACUGUGCUCUUGUUCUUAUAGUUGCAGGGUCAAAUGACUUUGCACUUAAUUACUUUCCUAUGCCUACUCGGAAGGCUCAAUUUACUCUUGAUGGAUACCAAGAUUUUCUUCAAGAAAACCUUCAAAACUUCGUAAAGAAUCUAUACAAUGUCGGCUUACGGAAAAUGGCGAUAGGAAGUCUUCCUCCAUUUGGAUGCUGGCCAGGCGUGAAAGCUCUAAAACUUGUUCCGUUGGCUGUAAGUUGCUCGGAGAUUAUCAAUGCAGGUGCUAAAUCUUACAACGACAAGCUUGUGAACAAGAUUCCUCAAUUACAAGCAUCGCUCCCUGGCUCCCAAAUUGUCUAUGCCGAUAUAUACGGGCCUUUGCUUGACAUGGGCAAUAAUCCCCAAAACUAUGGUUUUGUGGUAGCAGACAGAGGAUGUUGUGGGACUGGAUUUGUAGAGUUGGCAGAACUUUGCACCCCAAUCACACCCACAUGCUUGAAUUCUUCACAAUACAUGUUUUGGGAUAGUGCCCAUCCCACCCAAUCUGCCUACACCCACGUUGCCACCUCCCUUCUCACAAAUGUCCUGCCCACCUUUCACUAG